CUGGUCAGGACAGCGGAGGAGGGCGAGUGGCAGCGCCCCAUCGCGCCACGAGCAUGAGUCUCCUCAAAGAGCGGAAGCCUAAGAAGCCGCACUACAUCCCACGGCCCCCCGGGAAACCCUUCAAGUACAAGUGCUUCCAGUGCCCCUUCACCUGCAAUGAGAAGUCGCAUCUCUUCAACCACAUGAAGUAUGGCCUCUGCAAGAACUCCAUCACCCUGGUGUCCGAGCAGGACCGCAGCCCCAAGUGCCCCAAGGCAGGCUCCCUGGACCCCAAGCAAGCCCACCUCACCGAACCCACGGCCAAGCCCACACCCCCCAAGCCCCUGCACCACAGCCUGCCACCCUUUGAGCCCAGGCUUCACGGCCUGACCCCAGAUGACACCAAGGAGAACCUGGAGCUGCGUGUGCGCGGACCCCACAAGGGCCCUGGACCCAAGUCUGCCCCCCACAGGGAGGCAGCACCCCAGAGCCCUGCCCCCGAUGCUGCUGUGAGCGCACCACCCCUCCUAGACGGCACAGCACGUCCCUCUGCCUUUGUGCCCGUGGGAGAACACAGGCUCAAAGGGCCUGAGCGCACCGAGGCCACUGAGACACCGGCCCUGCCCAGCCCCCCUGCCAAGACCUCCCCCUUCCACACCAAGUCAGCCUUCCACGCGCCUGGCUACCCUUGGAAGGCUGGUGCACCCUUCCUGCCCCCUGACUUCCCGCACAAAGUGCCUUCAACCAAGGGGCUCGGCGCCAUGCCUCCGUUCCUGCACCCCACCAUCCCCGAGUAUCCGCCACACUUCUACACAGAGCAUGGCCUGGCCACCAUCUAUUCACCCUACCUGCUCACAGGGAGCGCACCUGAGUGUGAAAGCCCCCUGCUGCCUGUCUACGGGGCGCAGGACCACAGACACCUCCUGACCCCACCCGGGCCGCUGCCCUCUGCAUACGACCACUACCGGUUCCUCCAGCAGUACCACUCCAGCCUGUCGCUCCCGUAUGGCUUCUACAGGCCUGAGCCAGCUCUGUCCUACGGUCUCCGGUUGCCACCACUCCCUGGUGUGACCCGAGACCCAGGCCCACACCUUCUGGAGGAGGCUGCCCUGCUCUACCCAGCCUCCAGCCCGCCCAAGAUCCAUGCCUCCCACUCCCACAAAAAAAACACAGAGUUCGAGAAAGAAAGUCCAACUCCUGAGGCCAAAGAGUCUUCUAAGGAGGGGCAAAGGGACACAGAAGGGGCCAAGAUGAGCCCCCGCGCAGGCAGCGCGGCCACCGGUUCCCCAGGAAGGCCCAGCCCCACCAACUUCACACAGACAGGCCAGUCAGGUGCCUCAAACCACAGCCCCCCCAGCGUUCCAGGAAGAUCCCACCCGCCUGAAGAGAGCCCCACAACCUCCCAGCCCAUCAGGCACAGCCCCAGCCUACCACACCCUCAAGCUCUGGACAAUGCAGCCGACUCUCCCCACAGCCUCAACGGUGCACCGGAGGACCUGUGGACGCAGUCAGGAAGACACACUCCAGACAUGGAGCCCGCCCCAUCGAGCCCUGAGGAAAGCUCCGGGAUCGCCCCACUGAACCUAUGCAAGAGAGCAGAGCAGAGCCCCCCUUCCGCACACGGCCAAAGCUGCAGCAGCCUCCGCGAGCCACAGGACGUGCCUCUCAAUCUGUCAGUGAGGGAUGCCUGCAAUACUCGCACCCAGCGACCGCCCUUCCACAGUCCCCGAUCAGAGACAGACCCUGCUGCUGCUGCUCCAGAGACAGAAACAGAAGGUUCUGGAGAUGGGCAGGAAUAUACCGAGAGCAGUCCUACCGGUGCUGACAGAGACACAGCCCCCUCUGUCACCCCCAAUGGGAAGGCCAGGGACACCCCUGCAGUUGACAGCAGCGAAGAGCAGAAGCAGACGGCAGCUGUGGCCCUCUGCCAGCUGGCGGCCUACAGCCCCGGGAAUGUGCGGCCAGGCGAGGGUGAGCCCACAGCCCGCGAUGAGCACCCCCAUAGCAUCAGCCCUAAGGAAAGCCAGGAGGCUCCAGCUGACCUCAGACCCAAAGGACAAAAGAGGACAAGUCCAAGGGAAGCAGGAAAGUCCCAGCAAGGAAGCAAGAAGCCAAAGCCAACCAGCACAACCCGGGUGUUCACAUUGAGGAAAAGAACGCGACUGUCCUAGGGUGCCUAGGGUGCUUCACAGCUCCCAGCGGCAAAGCCAGACACCAGCUCAAGCUCCUGUUGGUCUCUACAAUGCAGUUUCCUUUCUCAUGUCAGAAAACAGCUUUAGCUUGCCGUUUCUAUAAAUUGCAAGCCUGUAUACCCAGAGGUGCUUCCCACCUGGGUCCAAACAAUAACUGAAUGUCUCACACUCCAAGCACUGGCUUUUAUUUUUGUAAACUGUCAAGCAAGAUGUGCAGGACUCAAUGAUAAUGUUUAGGUGUCGGCCAUAUUACAGGACACCUACAAAUACUUUCUUAUAAAUAGCUUAGCACUGUAAGUUUCGACCUCUCUCCUAUUUCAGUCCAGCUGUGUGUUCUGAAGUCACACUAUGUGAAAUAAAGGCAGGAAAAGACAUUUUUAGUACCAGCAAUAAAAUGCUGCAGAAAUGUUGUGAUAUUAUGACUGAAUAAUGCACAAACAUCAAGAGGCUAUUUAUACAUAUAAUUUAUUUUCAUUAGGGAAAGGGUUAUUACUGGUGAAGGAAUUGUCAACAUGUUUUCUUUAUAAUGUUACGGUGAAUUUCCUGACUCACCCAGCCUCAUUUUCCACUUCCUAAAAUGAUGUAAUAUAUUGCUAAUUUUCCAAUAAACUUCUAGGUGA